UGCCGUGGCAGCAGGUGCAAGUAGUUACCUGUUACUCUCGGCUUGCCUCACCAUCUCGUGGGUCACCCAAUCGUUGUGCGUGGACGAUGUCGGUGCAGCUGCUCGGAAAGCGGGAGCUAAAGAGACUUUCUUCUGUGGCGAACGAUGGCGCUGGCGCGGGGUACUCAGGCUUUGCCAAAGGGAUGAUGGCAAAAAUGGGCUGGGCCGAGGGCCAGGGGCUGGGUAAGGAAGAGCAGGGCAGGUCUACGUACGUCCAGGUGAAGAAGAAGGACGACAACUCUGGCUUGGGCAAGGAAAAGGCGCAACAGAACAAAGUCAAUGACCAGUGGUACUUCAACGCCUUUGACUCCGCUUUGGCGAACAUGGGAGGCAAGAAGAAGAAGAAAAAGGACAAGAAGAGGAGAGACAAGACGGCUGAUGGUGAGGGCAAGCCGGAAGCGGCAGCAGAGGCCACGACCAUGUACGAUAAGAUGUUCAAGGCAACAGGCGGGGCGCGCAUGGGAAUGCGAGCAAGGGCCUCUCAGAACGGCAAGCUCUCGCGCACCGAGGGCGGCCAAGAUGGCACUGGUGGUGGGACGCCUUCGACCGCGCCCAACGGCUCUAUCAACGGCGCAAUAGGCGGGGAGGGGCAAGGGUCUUCAAGCCACAAGCGAAAACGAUCAACCGGUACCGAGGAGGUGAAGACAGAGGAGUCACCGAAGGUGGUUGUGAAGCGAGAGAAGACGACAACAACGGGCCAGGAGACAACGGCAGUAGCGGUCAAGGGGGGCGGUGAAGCGAAAAAGGCUGACAGCAGCACGAAGGCCGAACGGAAACGUGAGAGGUCGGAGGCCAAGAAGGCCAAGCGAGCAGCCAAGACGGCGCAGAAGGAGGAAGCGAAGGAAGCGAGAGUACCAGUCGCGGUGAAGAAGGAGGAAAACGGCGAGGAAGAGGGGGCAUCAGGGAAGGAGAAGGAGAAGCCCCGCAAGAAAAAGCAGAAGCGAGCUAAGAAGGGCGCAUAG